ACUAACCUGUGAAGUUGACAUUUAUGGAGUUUAUCAAAGUAAACUAGGCGUUACAUGGUGAAUGAAGUGCUUUUAUUUUACAUUCUUGGUUACAGUUGCCAUGUAUUGAUGUUAGCUAGACGGCUAGCGAGCUGGCUAAUAAACGUCGAACAGAAUUUAUUAUAAAGGAAAAAUACAGGUAACGACAGCUUUCGGUUUUAGUCAUCUGUUGCUUAUUGUAGCAGCACUGACGUGACUUUGGGGCGUAGCCGAUCAAAAAAGAGCUCUAGCAGCCUAUAGGGGGAGGUUUCGUCAUCAACUGCCCAUCAAACACACACACACACACACACACGUAGCCGUAUUGCGCCUGACUCGUAGACCAAAGGAGUUCCUCCUGGAAGAAAUAGACAACACAGGCAGCUAACCGUCACCUAUCUAACACGCCAUGUAAAAGAGCCACCUUUGAAACGGAGGAUCUUUGACUCGUAACGAAGACGACGCUGCAGGAGGAGUCAGCCGCGACGCCCUUGCUCCCAAGUCCGAAGUGGGGGGCACACAUUCGGAGGGAGCUUCAGUAGCCAUCGACGCCCUGCCUGGCCGAGCCUCCGCACGUUUGUAGGCACCGGAGGGCAGCCGCAACACAAGCGAGGCUUCGGUGAAAUGAAAUGAGGCUCAGAAAUGGAACUGUGGCCACUGCGAUUAUCUUCUUCACGUCUUUCCUCAGCUUGUCCUGGUACACAGCCUGGCAGAAUGGCAAAGAGAAACUGAUAGCAUACCAGCGGGAGUUCCAUGCCUUGAAAGAGCGCCUUCAUGUGGCAGAGCACAGGACACUGCAACGCUCAUCGGAACUCAACAACAUCCUCGAGCAGUUCAAGCGGGCCAUCGCCGAAACCAACAGCAGCAAAGAUACCCUCACGACCUUCUCAGAUGAGACACAGAAACUACUGAAGGAGCUGGCCAGUAGGAAACCUCUCCAAGUGCCAAACAUCUUCCACCACCUGCCUCACCUGCUUAACAAUGAGGGCAGCCUGCACCCCGCCAUGCAAAUUGGCCUCGGACGCACCGGAGUUACCAUAGUGAUGGGGAUCCCCACAGUGAAGCGGAAGGUGAAGUCGUAUCUGUCGAAGACGCUGCGUUCGCUCAUAGAUAAGCUGUCCCCGGAGGAGAAACUCGACUGUGUGAUUAUAGUUUUUGUUGGGGAGACUGACCUGGACUACGUGCAAAGUGUGGUUGCCGACCUGCAGAAAGAGUUCUCAACGGAGCUGAAUUCAGGCUUGCUCGAGGUCAUCUCACCACCUGCCGCAUUUUACCCCGAACUCACGAACCUGAAAGAGACUUUUGGAGACUCCAAAGACAGAGUCCGAUGGCGAACCAAGCAGAACCUGGACUAUUCCUUCCUCAUGAUGUAUGCCGUGAGCAAAGGGGUUUAUUAUGUUCAGUUGGAAGACGACAUUGUGGCCAAGCCCAACUACUUUGCCACCAUGAAGAACUUUGCCCUCCAGCUCGCGUCAGAGGACUGGAUGGUCCUGGAGUUCUCGCAGUUGGGAUUCAUCGGAAAGAUGUUCCAGGCACCAGACCUGAAUUUUAUUGUCGAGUUCAUCUUUAUGUUCUACAAGGAGAAGCCCAUCGACUGGCUGCUGGACCACAUUCUCUGGGUUAAAGUUUGCAAUCCUGAGAAAGAUGCGAAACACUGCGAGCGACAGAAGUCAAGCCUUCGCGUGCGUUUCAGGCCCUCCUUGUUUCAACACGUGGGCCUCCAUUCUUCUCUGGCUGGAAAGAUCCAAAAGCUCACCGACAAAGACUUCCUGAAACCGCUUCUUCAUAAGAUGCAUGUUAAUCCCCCUGCUGAGGUGUCCACCUCCAUGAAGGUGUAUCAGGGUCACACACUGGAGAAGACGUACCUCGGGGAGGAUUUCUUCUGGGCCAUCACUCCCAAAGCGGGCGAUUACAUGCUUUUUAAAUUCGAUAGACCUGUCAGUAUAGAGAGGUUCCUGUUCCGUAGCGGUAAUCCGGAGCACCCGGGGGACAAGAUGCAAAACACCACAGUGGAAAUACUGCCCGUCUCCGAGACCGGACUGCAGACCAAAGAGAUGUACAAGAGAACCGAAGACCGCUUUUACAGGAUCGGUCAUUUUGAGAAGGGCGUGGCCGAGGGGGCAGUAGCUCCCUCCUUCAAUCCCAUCCUGGCCUUGCGGCUGUCUGUGAUCAAAGACUCGGCUGUGUGGGCCAUCAUCAGUGAAAUACAUAUAAAGAGGAUAGCAGGCUGACUUGAAUGGCUGCGCCCCUUGGGAGACCAAAAAUUUGGAAAGACUGCGCACCAGUGAAGCCCGCUAAGAGCUGCUCGUUUGAAGAACAUCCUUUUUUUUUUUCUCGAUCACUCGUUACUUUCUGCGUCUGUCACUCUUGUGGUCUUACCUCCUAUAGUGAGAAUGUGAAUACUACUGUCUACAAAAAACAGCUCCGUGAGCCGAAAUCUGACCCCCCACCCCACCCAGCAAGCAGCUUUGGGAAAAACAAAUAAUUCUUGAUUUAAUGAAGAUAAAUCAUGGCACCAGUCAACUGGCCACUUUCUAUGCUGCCAAAUCCCUCCCUCCCUGCUGCCACCCUUAGGCAAGCUGGGGGCAUUGCACUGUCACUCGUGCCAGCAACUGAGCUGCCAUCGAGAAUGUUCAGCCUCGCCAUUUUUUCUUGGGUUUUAAACAAAAAGAUUGACACCAGCCUAAAAUCACACGUGUUCCCUUACCUUCUAAAGAUAUCUUACCAAGUUCCUCGAAAACCCACCCAGAAAGUCUUCUUCAGCGUGUGUCUGACGAAGAUCUGUAUACAAAACCAAUCAGUUUUUAGAAGGAAUAUAUUGAUCUAUGAUUACCGAUAUGAAGGUGACUUUAAUUUAUUUGAAAUAAAUCUAAUUUGUACAAAAAGUAAAUAUAUUUUUAAUCUAUUGAGAUGUUUACAGUAGUGUUUUGUUUUUAUUGUGGAUUCUCAUGAUUUUUGGGGCUGUCCUCAACGUUGCCCCCUGCUUCUUUUCACUUUGUCAACAAUAGCGCUCACAAAUGCUAGAUGAUAGGAGGGGCUGGAAUAGACUUAAAAGUUUUGUGCAUCAAAUGUGGAGAAAUGUGCCUUAUAUCAGGUCCCCUCAUUGUGUAUCAGCGAUUUCAAUCACACUUGCCAAUGCCUCACUUGCUGGAUAUACAGUAUUAUUAUUAUUGUGAAAAUAAGACAGUUAAAUCAGUGUCCGGAUGUGACUCCAAAUGUGAACUUGACAUCACAUUGCAUCUUAAAACUGUUAGCCUUGCACUGCUUGUUUGUUACAUCACCACCGUGACCACCCUUUUUGCACGGUACCAAGGAGUGUAAGGGCCACACUGGAAAAAAAGUUACUACUUUGCCAAAAGGCAGUUUUUGCAAGAAAAUUUUUUUUCCGAGAUAAGUCUGAUUUUUUUCUAGAAUAAAGUCAAUCUUGCAUGAUGUGCAUGGCAAUGUUAUGAGAAGGACUUAGUAAUGUGGUGGUACCAUGAGGUCAGCUUUUUUUUUUUUUUAGAUAGAAGAUUUUCAAAAUUUGUACGAUUUUUUUUUUUUUUGUAGACGUAUUUGUGUAAAGAACGAGGGAAAGGCUUCUUGAGACGUCAUCUGUACUUCUGUGAAGAAGGUGUCGGACGUUUCGCUCCUCAUCCGAAGAGCUUCGUCAGCGAACUAAUAAGUGCUGGUAGCCUAGGCCUUAAAUACAGUAAGAGUGGGCGGAAUUGGUGUGCCAACACCCUCCUCCUAUUGGUUCCUUACACUAAGCCUGGGCGGAGUAGGUCUUAUCCUCUCCCGCCAUUAGCACCUCCGAUAAAAGGGAAGUGUCGCUCCCUGAGUUGGGUAUGAACGACUCUGAUACUGGCUCGUUAGCAUCUAUUGUUCUGGCUUGGCCCUGGCUUCACCUCAUUUGCAAGACUAAGAGCUGUGGGUUUCGGUCUCAGUAACCUGCUGAACACAGGGUCCAAAUUAAACCUCAAACCACCAUUCCGAUUCAAUGAUGGGUUCUGUUGUUUGACAAAAAUAGCUUCCUUUACUCCUCUUUCAAACCAUCUGUUUUCUUUGGCCAAAAUCUUUACCUCGCUGUCCUCAAAAGAGUGAUUGGUUGCUUUAAGGUGUAGAUGUACUGCUGAUUGAGGACCGCUAGAAUUGUCCCUGCGAUUUUGAUAAAGCCUUUUUUGGAGCAUUUGCUUAGUUUCCCCAAUGUAGUGCUCUUUGCAUUCCUCAUCUUUACAGUGGAUGGAAUAGACCACAUUGCUCUGUUUUUGGUUUGGAGCCUUGUCUUUAGGAUGCACUAAUUUUUGUCUCAGGGUAUUUACUGGUUUGAAAUAGGUAGGAAUUUUGUGUUGCCAUAAGAUCCUCUGGAGUUUUUCGGAGACCCCAGCUACAUAAGGGACUACCACUCCUCUCCUUUUUGCUUCUGUGGGCUUUUGGGUUUCUUUUCCUACUCUCUUCUUUUGACAUUUGAGGCCCACCACGGGUACCCACAGGUUGAGAGCGCUCUCUGGACAUGUUGUGUCUCCUUUUUCCUUCCCUCAGCACUAGUUGGUAUUUGUUCCGCUCUAUGUUGGAGGGUCCUAAUAACCCCUAGUUUAUGUUGUAGUGGAUGGUUUGAUUCAAAAAGCAGGUAUUGGUCAGUGUGUGUGGCCUUUCUAAAGACCUCUGUAAGUAGCUGUCUGUCCUCUCCUAUAAAUUACCUUGCAGUCUAAGAAGGCUAGUUGGUUCUCUUUAGUGUCCUCGCGAGUAAAUUUGAUAUUGGUGUCCACCGCAUUGAUAUGAUCUGUGAAAGACUGAAUUUCCUGAUUUUUGAGUAUGACAAAGGUGUCAUCCACGUAUCUAAACCAGCACCUUGGUUUUGUCCCUGAGAAGGAUGUGAGAGCCUGUUUCUCCAUCUCUUCCAUGUACAGAUUCACCACUAUGGGUGAGACUGGUGAGCCCAUAGCACAACCAUGAAUUUGUCUGUAAAAUUUCCCUCUAAACUGAAAAUAUGUAGUGUUAAGGCAAAUUUCCAAUAAUUGGCAGAUGUGGUCAGCACUAAGUUUUGUUCUCCGAUGCAGAGUUGAGUCCUCGAGCAGUCUCUUCCUCACCACCGAGAUUGCUGCUGAGGUGGGGACAGAUGUGAAAAGUGAAGUCACAUCAUAAGAUACCAAAGUUUCCUCUGGCUCCAAUCUGAGGUCUUUGAUACUCGCCACAAACCCUUUUGUGUUUUCUAUAUGAUGAUCAGUGUUGCCUACCAAUGGGGAUAAGACUGGUUUUACAUAUUUAGCUACAUUGUACGUGGUAGAGUCAAUGCUACAGACAAUGGGUCUGAGGGGAAACCCUUCCUUGUGAAUUUUUGGAAGGCCAUAGAUACAGUACAUGGUGUAGCCUCCCCAGGGUAUAACCUGUGAUACAUCUGUCUGUCAAUUAGUUCUUCCUUCUCUAACUUUUGGAGACAGUCUAUGAUUUCUUUCUUAUACCUACUGGAUGGGUCCCUUUUAAGUUGCUCAUAUGUGUUGGCAUCACUAAUUAGGCUUUUUAUUUUUUCUUCAUAGUCCAAUGUGUUGAGAACCACUGUGCAUAUGCCCUUAUCAGCUGGUAAGAUGGUGAUGCUCUCAUCUUUCUGCAGAGCCGCUAAUGCUUUCCUCUCACCUACCGUGAUAUUGGACGGUGGUGGUUUAGCUCUACUGAGAAGGGCCGAUAUUCUCAGACGAAGGUCCCCUGCCUCUGUUCUAGAAAGGUUAUUGUUCCUGAUGGCCGAUUCAGCUGUUGUGAUAUAGUCUACUGUGGGUAUUGUUUUAGGAGUCACUGAGAAGUUGAGACCCUUGGUUAAUACUGCCUUCUCUGUCUCCGAGAGGCUUCUGUCUGACAGAUUUUUGAUCCAAUCUUCUUUAGUAUUGGUCUGAUUCCCCCCCCUCCUUAGUGUUUACGACAAGCUGUGGUCGAUUUUCCAAUAGAAGUUUCUGGAAUUUUCCUUUAUGCCUUUCUUUGGUUUUGCUAUGGUGCUUCAUAUAACCCGAUUUAAUAAAUUCACAAACCUCCUGAUAGGUUUCGUGCGUAAGCUUGGUUUGCAAUCUCUGAUAGAAGGUUUCUACUUCAGACUGUUUAUUUCUUAUCUCUAUGUUAAGUCUCCUAAUUCUCAAAUUCUGUAUUUUUCUGAUGUAGUUUAGUUGCAUUUUCCUUGCCAAGUGUCCUUGCUCAAGGGACGCUUGCCUCAUGCAUUUGGGGAUUAACCUACUCUGCCUGCAUCUAAGAUUGAAUCUGAGGUGGUUCCUUAAAUCUGCUAAUUUAAGAGUGGUCUUUUUUAAGCUAUGUACCAGCAGAAGGAUGUCUCUUCCAAAGUUGGUAGCAAUGCGUCUGUGUAGGCUCUCAGUCGUACAGGAGUUGUCCAUCGAGGGAAGUGCUUCUUGAGACGUCAUCUGUACUGCUGUGAAGAAGGUGUCGGACGUUUCGCUCCUCAUCCGAAGAGCUUCGUCAGCGAACUAAUAAGUGCCGAUAAAAGGGAAGUGUCGCUCCCUGAGUUGGGUAUGAACGACUCUGAUACUGGCUCGUUAGCAUCCAUUGUUCUGGCUCGGCCCUGGCUCUACCUCAUUUGCAAGACUAAGAGCUGUGGGUUUCGGUCUCAGUAACCUGCUGCCCUUUUAUCGGAGGUGCUAAUGGUGGGAGGCACACCAAUUCCGCCCACUCUUACUGUAUUUAAGGCCUAGGCUAC